GCAGCCGAGGCGGACCGCUCCCGUGUCUUCCGUGCCCCGCCCCUUGGCUGCCGGAUGUCUGAUGUGGCUCGCGGCGGCGCGUAACCAUGUCUGCGAUCUUCAACUUUCAGAGUCUACUGACAGUAAUCUUGCUACUUAUAUGUACCUGUGCCUACAUAAGAUCCUUGGCUCCCAAAUUAUUGGAUAACAACCAGACUGGAUUAUUGGGAAUAUUCUGGAAGUGUGCCAGAAUUGGUGAACGAAAGAGCCCAUAUGUUGCUGUGUGCUGUAUUGCAAUGGCCUUCAGUAUUCUGUUUGUCCAGUAAGCUGAAACACAUCAGGAAUAUAUUGCUGUGAAACUGCCAUGUAAUAAAAGACUUCGGGAAGCAGAAAAGAAGAAAAUACUUCCUCACAUCCAUUGCUCUGUCACAUAGUCAAGCCAAGCUUUUGAUAAUUUGUUUCAAUAUUUUUAGUGAGAGAAUGGUGAUUCAUUAAGUUAUGAAAACACACCAAUUGACACUGCUAAAUUUUGGAUUGUGCCUGCCUAAUGGGAAGUGUAUUCUGAAUUUCCAUUGAGAAAUGUUAAGAUGUACAACUAAAAUCAUAAUUAAUAUUUCUCUGAGAACUGAAUUUGAUGUUUGAACCCAUGCUCUUUUUUAAACCUCUUAUUUCAAAUGAUUGACCAUUUUUUAUUUUUGAAAAACUAACAUGAAAAAAUAAACCUUUAAAAUAUAGAUGGAGACAGACAGAAUGAAAAUUACAUCGCUCUGAACAGAUUUAUCUUAUGAUUAAAUAUGAGUAAUGAUGGUCUGAGAAACAGGAAAAGUCAGAAAGCAUACAGGCAGAGUCAGAUCUCAGAGGUUUUCUGCUGAGACUUAUUAGACACUUUCUAAUGAAUAAAGCUAUAUUUUACAGAUGGAGAAUCUCUUAAGUUUAUCGAUCCAAGAAAGAAAGAAAAAACAUUCUGCAUUAUGAUUUCAUCAAGUAAACACUUAUUGUGUUAAAGUCAAUACUUAUCAAAGUGUUUGAUUUAAUUUGAACCUGAAUUUUAAUAAACAAUUUACAUAGCA